AUGGGGCAGAGGGGCCAUGAGAGGGGGGUUGUGGGUCUGACAGGCUGUGCCAUCCCUGCAGGCCCAUUCCUGGUGCGUCUGGCUGGGGGCCCCAGUGAGUGCGUGGGGCGCGUGGAGAUCAACUACAAGGGCCGCUGGGGCUCGGUGUGUGACGACGAGUGGGACCUGGCCGACGCAGCCGUGGUGUGCAGGCAGCUGGGCUGCGGCACCGUGCUCUCUGCCCCGGUGGGCGCCUGGUUUGGGGAGGGCACUGGCCCCAUCUGGCUCAAUGAGGUGCGGUGCCAGGGCUCAGAGCAACAUCUGCGCCACUGCCGCCACCGGGGCUGGCGCCAGCAUGUCUGCAGCCAUGAGGAGGACGCCAGUGCCGUGUGCUCAGGUGGGGCCAGCGGCGCCCCCCUGCGGCUCGUGGGGGGCCCCCACAGCUGCGCAGGGCGUCUGGAGGUGCUUCACGGGAGCCAGUGGGGCUCGGUGUGUGAUGACGGCUGGGGGCUGCUGGAGGGCGCCGUGGUGUGCCGGGAGCUGGGCUGUGGCGCAGUUCAGGCUGCCCCCGGGGGGGCGCAUUUUGGGACUGGCACUGGCCCCAUCUGGCUGGAUGACGUGGGCUGCAGUGGGAAGGAGAUGUCCCUGAGGCAGUGCCGGGCACGGCCCUGGGGGCGCACCAACUGCCAGCACGAUGAGGACGCCAGCGUCAUCUGCACAGGGGGUGCUGUGCUGCGGCUGGUGGGUGGCACUGGUUCCUGCUCUGGGCGGCUGGAGGUUUUCCACCAGGGCCGCUGGGGCACAGUGUGCGAUGACAUGUGGGCGCUGCCAGGCGCGGCUGUGGUGUGCCGGGAGCUCGGCUGCGGGGACCCACUCUCUGCUCCCAGGGGGGCCUUUUUUGGUGAGGGCAGCGGUCCCAUCUGGCUGGACAACGUGCGGUGCCAGGGCAAUGAGUCGGCGCUGAGCCUGUGUCUGGCUGCACCAUGGGGCAUGCAUGACUGCCAGCACGCGGAGGACGCUGGUGUGGUGUGUACAGACAUCCCAGAACUAACUCAGCUCCGACUGGUGAACAGCCUGAAUCGCUGCGCUGGGAGGGUCGAGGUGCUUCACAACCAGCAGUGGGGAACCGUGUGUGAUGACGGCUGGGACUUACAGGAUGCAAGAGUCGUAUGCAAGCAGCUGGGCUGUGGGACGGCGUUAUCAGCCCCACGAGGGGCUCGAUUUGGGCGAGGGUCAGACCGUGUCUGGCUGGAUGACGUCAACUGUGCAGGGACAGAAGCUGCCCUCUCCUAUUGUGAGACUCGGCCUUGGGGAGAGAAUGACUGUACCCACAAAGAAGAUGCCGGUGUUGUGUGCUCAGAUUCUGGCAUCUCAGAAGUGGCUCAGAUCCGACUGGUGAAUGGUUCGGGUCGCUGCGCUGGGAGGGUUGAGGUGCUUCCCAACCAGCAGUGGGGAACCGUGUGUGAUGACAACUGGGACUUACAGGAUGCCGGAGUCGUAUGCAGACAGCUUGGCUGUGGGACGGCGUUAUCAGCCCCAAGAGAAGCUCAAUUUGGGCGAGGGUCAGACCAUAUCUGGCUGGAUGAAGUUCACUGUGCAGGGACAGAAGUUGCCCUCUCCGAUUGCAGGGCUGAGCCUUGGGGAGCCAGUAACUGUGACCACGGAGAAGAUGCCGGUGUUGUGUGCUCAGCAAUUCCUCUGGCCAGUCCAAUCCGACUGGUGAACAGCAGGAGUCGCUGUGCUGGGAGAGUCGAGGUGCUUCACAACCAGCAGUGGGGAACCGUGUGCGAUGACAGCUGGGACUUACAGGAUGCUGGAGUCGUGUGCAGGCAGCUGGCCUGUGGAACGGCGUUAUCAGCACCAGGAGGGGCUCGAUUUGGGCGAGGAUCAGACCAUAUCUGGCUGGAUGACGUCAACUGCACAGGGACAGAAGCUGCCCUCUCCGAUUGCAGGGCUCGGCCUUGGGGAGAGAGUAACUGUAACCACAGAGAAGAUGCCGGUGUUGUGUGCUCAGACGCUGGCAUCUCAGAAGUGGCUCAGAUCCGACUGGCGAACAGCAGGAGUCGCUGCACUGGGAGGGUCGAGGUACUUCACAACCAGAGGUGGGGAACCGUGUGCGAUGACAGCUGGGACUUACAGGAUGCUGGAGUCGUGUGCAGGCAGCUGGGCUGUGGGACGGCGUUAUCAGCCCCAGGAGGGGCUCGAUUUGGGCGAGGGUCAGACCGUAUCUGGCUGGAUGACGUCAACUGCACAGGGACAGAAGUUGCCCUCUCUGAUUGCAGGGCUCGGCCUUGGGGAGACAGUAACUGUACCCAUGGAGAAGAUGCCGGUGUUGUGUGCACAGGUAACUUGUAUCCAUCACACGUGAGGCUGGUAGGUGGCCCCCACCGCUGCGCCGGGCGGGUGGAGGUGCGUCUGGACGGGCGCUGGGGCACCGUGUGUGACGACGGCUGGGACCUGAACGACGUGGCCGUGGUGUGCAGGCAGCUGGGCUGUGGGCCGGCCGUGGAAGCGCUUAGUAAAGUGUUCGGCCCGGGCAACGAGUCAGAGCCUGUCCUGAUGAUGGACGUGCAGUGCCAGGGGACAGAGGCGGCGCUGGGGAACUGCUCGUACAUGGAUCCAGAGGACCUCUGCCAGCAUGAUGAGGACGCAGGGGCCCGUUGCCAAGGUGCCUCCUCAGGGCGGGUGGAGGUGCGUCUGGACGGGCCCUGGGGCACCGUGUGUGAUGACGGCUGGGACCUGAGCGACGUGGCCGUGGUGUGCAGGCAGCUGGGCUGUGGGCCGGCCGUGGAAGCGCUGAGUGGUAAAUUGUUCGGCCCGGGCCCGAAGUCAGACCCUGUCCUGAUGACGAAUGUGGAGUGCCAGGGGACAGAGGCGGCGCUGGGGAGUUGCCCAUACACGGAUCCAGGGGACCUCUGCCAGAAUUAUGAGGAUGCGGGAGCCCGCUGUGAAGGUUCCUCCUCAGAGCCCUUCGCACUGCGGCUGGCGGAUGGCCCAGGCAAGUGCUCCGGGCGGCUGGAGGUGCGGUAUGAUGGGCUGUGGGGCACCGUGUGUGACGACGAUUGGUCGGUGUCCAACGCCCAAGUGGUCUGCCGGGAACUGGGCUGUGGCUCAGCCAAACCACUGGCCCCAAAGCUGCAGGACCGGCCCCGCUUUGGCCAGGGUACGGGGAAAAUCUGGCUGGACGACAUCCACUGCAAAGGCGCCGAGGAGACCUUGCAGAACUGUGCCCACCGCUUCUGGAGCUACCACAACUGCACCCACCGGGAGGACAUCAGCGUGGUCUGCCAGGUAGAAGCUGAACCUGCCCCCCUCCGACUGGUGAACAGCCCGAGUCGCUGCGCUGGGAGAGUCGAGGUGCUUCACAACCAGCAAUGGGGAACCGUGUGUGAUGACUGCUGGGACAUAACUGAUGCUGGAGUCGUGUGCAGGCAGCUGGGCUGUGGGGUGGCGUUAUCAGCCCCAGGAGGGGCUCGAUUUGGACAAGGAUCUGGCCCAAUUUGGCUGGAUGAGGUUACCUGCACAGGGACUGAAGCUGCCCUCUCCGAAUGCAGGGCUAAGCCUUGGGGGAACCAUAACUGUCACCAGGGAGAAGAUGCCGGUAUUCUACUGAAGGGGGAGUCUCAGUGCCCAUUCACUGCACCACUCUCUGGGGUAACAGCCUACUACUCCCAUGCAGGUCUCGUGCACCUGGAGGAGCUGACAACCUCAGGGACCCCAUCGCCCGCCUCAGGGAGCAGCACACCCGACAGCAGCAGAGACCCCCCGCUUAGGAUCCCGACAAUGAGACUCCUGCUGGCGGAGCAGAUGACGCUCUCUGAGAGCCGCCCCCAGGCUGAGCUAUGGCAGGAGCAGGGGGAUCCGGGCCCAGUCUGCAAUGAGCGGGAAGAGAAGGAGAAACAACGUCAGCAUGAGCGGGAAGAACAGGAAAAGCAGCGUCAGCAUGAGGAGAACCAGCGUCAGCAUGAGCUGGAACUGGCCAGGCUGAGGAGCAGCGAGCCCCCGGCUGCGGUGAGUGAGGGGGGACCCAAGACUGCAAAGAGCUUUGAUAAGUGCUUCCUGGCCCCGCGUAAGGAGCGGGAGGACAUUGAUACCUUCCUGACGGCCUUUGAGAAUACCUGCGAGCUGCUCCAGCGUAAAACCCGUGAGGUCACAUACCUACAACUAGCCAACCGGGUGCAGGGGUAUGCCCGCAAGUGGACAGCUGAGGCCCAAACUAAAGAGGACCUGCUUGACCUAGUCAUACUGGAGCACGUGUAUGAGCAGUGCCCAUCCGAGCUGAGGCAAUGGUUGAUGGACCAAAAGCCAGAGAACCCGCAGCAUGCAGGCCAGUUGGCCGACGAGUUUGUGAACAGUUGGGCAGGGGAUAACCGGGAGGAGUCCCAAAGGAACAGGGUGGGCGCGGGGCUAUCCCUCCGCAGAGAGUGCCUUGUUCCCCUGGAGGUGGAUGGGAGGAAGGUCAAUGGAUACUGGGAUACGGGCACAGAGGUGACGUUGGCCCGGCCCGAGGUGGUGGCCCCAGAUCGGGUGGUGCCCGACACCUACCUGACCCUGACGGGGAGGGUGGGGAAGGCCCGGGACAAGGGGAAAGCAGCGUUGAGGCCUUUACCCAUCAUAGAGGAGCCUUUCCAGAAGGUGGCUAUGGACAUAGUGGGACCUCUCAGCAAGACGACCCGCCGAGUGGGGUUUCCCAAGGAAGUCUUAACGGACCAAGGGUCCAACUUCAUGCCGGCCCUACUCCGGUGCUUGUGGGAGAAAUGCGGGGUCCGGCACAACUGGGCCUCAGCGUAUCACCCCCAAUCCAACGGGCUGGUGGAGAGGUUCAACGGGACACUAAAGAUGAUGCUAAAAACAUUUAUGAACCAGCACCCGCAGGACUGGGACAAGUACUUACCUCACCUGCUGUUCGCGUACCGGGAGCUCAUGGGCCUGGCCAGGGAGAAUUUGGCCCAAGCCCAGAGGAAGCAGAAGGUCUGGUAUGACCGCACAGCACGGGCCUGCGCCUUCGCCACCGGGGAUCAGGUGAUGGUCCCCAUCCCCAUGAGGAAGAACAAACUCCAGGCCGCAUGGGAAGGGCCCUUCAAGGUUGUCAAGCAACUAAAUGAGGUAAACUAUGUGGUGGAGCUGUCGAACCGGGCGCACCACCGCUGGGUGUACCAUGUGAACAUGAUGAAACCAUAUUAUGACAGGGGGAAUGUGGUGUUGGCCGUGUGUGGGCACUGGGAGGAGCAGGGCGGUGGCCCUUUAGUAGAUCUAUUCCCUGGGACAAGAGCUGGUUUCCCCCUGGAAACAAUUCCCCUCUCGGAUUCCCUGACCCCGGCCCAGCAAGCUGAGAUCAGAGGGGUGCUGCAUCUACGGCUGGCCACGCUGCCCCACAAGGCGUGUGCUAUGAACAUGGGGCUUCCCGGGUGCCUCCUGCUCCCAGCGGAACACCCCCUUGGCUGGAGCUCGGCUGCCUGCGCUGGAGCCGGGAAGACAAAGAUCCCCAUCCUCCUGGUCUGGCUUUGGGCUUCCAUGACAGGAUUUCCCAUGGCAGACUCAGGCAUCCCAGAACUAACUCAGCUCCGACUGGUGAACGGCCCGAGUCGCUGCGCUGGGAGGGUUGAAGUGUUUCACAACCAGCAGUGGGGAACCGUGUGUGAUGACAACUGGGACAUAACUGAUGCUGGAGUCGUGUGCAGGCAGCUGGGCUGUGGGACGGCGUUAUCAGCCCCAGGCACGGCUAACUUUGGGCAAGGAUCUGACCCUAUCUGGCUGGAUGACGUCAACUGCGCAGGGACAGAAACUGCCCUCUCCGAUUGCAGGGCUCAGCCUUGGGGAGUCCAUAACUGUAACCACGGAGAAGAUGCCGGUGUUGUGUGCUCAGGCAUCUCAGAACAGGCUCAUCUCAGACUGGUGAACAACCCGAGUCGCUGCGCUGGGAGGGUUGAAGUGUUUCACAAGCAGCAGUGGGGAACUGUGUGUGAUGACAGCUGGGACAUAACUGAUGCUGGAGUCGUGUGUAGGCAGCUGGGAUGUGGGACGGCAUUAUCAGCCCCAGGCACGGCUAACUUUGGGCAAGGAUCAGACCGUAUCUGGCUGGAUGACGUCAACUGCGCAGGGACAGAAACUGCCCUCUCCGAUUGCAGGGCUCAGCCUUGGGGAGUCCAUAACUGUAACCACGGAGAAGAUGCCGGUGUUGUGUGCUCAGGGUCCCAAGAACAGGCUCAUCUCAGACUGGUGAAUGGCUCGAGUCGCUGCUCUGGGCGGGUUGAAGUGUUUCACAACCAGUCGUGGGGAACCGUGUGUGAUGACAGCUGGGACAUAACUGAUGCUGGAGUCGUGUGCAGGCAGCUGGGCUGUGGGACGGCGUUAUCAGCCGCAGGAGAGGCUCGAUUUGGGCAAGGAUCAGACCGUAUCUGGCUGGAUGACGUCAACUGCGCAGGGACAGAAACUGCCCUCUCCGAUUGCAGGGCUCAGCCUUGGGGAGUCCAUAACUGUAACCACAGAGAAGAUGCCAGUGUUGUGUGCUCAGGUAACCUUCAUCUACCACCCUACCUCUUGCAGGGAGCAGGGUGGGAAGCUCAUUAUGGGGCAUUGUCCCCUCAACCCAGUGCUGACCCCAGCAUGGUGCCUGGGGCCUGUGCUUCAGGGAGCAAUAUGGCGGUUCCAACUCCUCUGCGGCACAUUGGGGACCUGGGCUUCCUGUGCGAACAGCUGAUUCGCAGGAAGCGGGAGGGGGAGCCUUCAGGGGAGGAGGCAGAGGUGGAGCCGGAGCCAGGUGCUCUCCCUGCCCCCACUCUCUACCUGAGCCAGACGUCUGCCCAGCCGGUGGACUCUGUGAGGCUACAGUGCUCCAUGAUCUCCCAUGUCCUGGCCUCCCGCAUCGUCUUCUGUCAGGAUGGGGAGGAGGUUUGGUCCCAGAGGGGCUUAUCUGGGAAACUCACCUACGACUAUGACCACGCAGUAUCUGGGGCAAGCUCCAGGAAUUACUCCUGUGCGUACGAGAUCAAGGACAGUGACAACCAGGUGAUCAGGUCCCAGCUCAGCCCUCCCCAGCACCUCAUCGGCACCGGUGCAAGCUCCGGCACUGCAAGCUCAGGCACCAUCAGCGGCACUGACGACGGCACCGGCUGCAGCAUCUAUGGCAGCAUCGCAUAG